AAAACGCGCAUCGCAGGUACGCAAGGCAAAAGGACGUUAGAUGACAGACGCGCAUUUUCCCCGGCUCUGCUGCGUCGGGCUUAGCCUGGAAAGGUCACGUGAUAAAUGAGCCGCGCUCUGCGCAGGAGUUUCCAAGAACUUUAUCAUCUUAACCCACUUUCGGUUUCAAUGGCGGCGGGGCCAAAAGGGACUACAGGCAGCCUGAUAGCGGCAGUCGAGGAAUGUGGUGCCUGCCCUUAAUGAAAAAAAGGAUUGAGGUGGGUGGCCGGUGGUUCCUGCAACUGAGCCUUCGCUGAUCCAGACAGAAAGAUGGCAACCCGCCCUGCCGCAGUAGAAAUCUGUCCUUACUGUAAAAAGCCAUUUAAGCGUCUCAAGUCUCACUUGCCCCAUUGUAAGAUGGCAGGAAAUUCAUCGUCUGCCAUUAUCGCCCAUGAAAUGUCUUCUCCCAUCUCAGCCGCUGGUAAUUCUGCCACGUCUGAAUGUCUGAACGCUAAGAAGAAGAAAGGACAGGUCAAAAAUACAGAACCGGCCUCCAAAAAAGAAAAUAAGAAAAUUAAACCUGAGACGAUGAGGAAUGAAGGGAAAGCAAAAACAUAUUCCUCAGAACCGAUAGAUAUAGCUGGGGCUGCACCCGUUAGCCAUCUUCUUCCACCUCUGAGAAUUAAACAUUCUGCUCACAAGUCACAGAAAAGAGAAAAUGGCGCACCAAGAGCCCCAGGAGAGGACCCAGCACAUACGGAGGCAGCUGAGGAAUUACUUUCAAAAACAAAGCUUUCCAAAAAGCCCCCCAGGAUACAGAAAGGCAGAAGUAAAACUACCUCAGAAGAGGAGUUUGCAUGUGGUAUCGUUCAUGAACCAUUGAUUCAAAGCAGUAAAUCUACUUUUGAAUCUCUUGGCCAGCUAAUUAAAAACCUGUCUGCAAAACAGAGAGAAGCUGAGGAAGGAUAUGAAAAGCCGAGUGUAUCCGGCUGGAUGGAUUCUUCUAUGGGUGAUCCUCAAUCCGUUCUUCCGGGAACUAAUGACGAAGUCGAACUAACGAUUGAGAACCAUCGUGUGAAAGUACUGAGGAAGAGACAUGGUAUUCAAAAGAGCCCAUCAAAUGAAGCUGCCGUGAGCAACCACAAAAUGGGACACCGGCCUGUGGAAUCGUUGUCAGCUGGCGCAGAAAUGCCAUUGGCCAAAGAGAAGCAAAUUAACACAGGAACAGAGAAUAGAGAGAGAGGUUUAGGGCCUGGGCUUGUUCGGAACAGCCGGAAUGGAGAGAGAGGAAAUGCUGUGACUUCCGUUAAAGGGUCUGACAACCGUUUUCUGAACAGCUACGGAAUGGUUGCCCGUGCUCCUAUUCAGCAGGCUGCAGGAGUAAAAAAGAUGAUGGGCGAAAAUCAGUUAUCUGUUAUUUCUCCCAAAGAGUCUCUAGCUUCUCACAAUCCUGAGUCGAAUCCCUAUCCCACAUUUACAGAAACUCUUCCAAGAAGAGGCAAUGAUGAAGUAUCUAAUGGCUACCUAACUUGUUUAGAAAAAGAUACGGCUUUAGAUUCUGAGACCGUUGUGAUAACCAGUGGCAACAGCUCAGGGGUAUCUUUGAAACCACCCUCAGUUCAUACAUUCGAAAUGACUGCUGCCCAAAGGUUAUUAUCUCCGAAGAGACACUUACAGCCAGGUUCUUUGGGACUGGAAUGGUUUCCAGAACUGUAUCCUAAUUAUCACAGCUUGUUCUCAGAGAAGCACACUCAAUGGGACGCCAGAAUCCCAGAAACUCGCGUCAUCAUUCUCCCUCGUGAAGGCUGGCAAGUUCCGCUGGCAGAAAGGCGCCUGAUGGAUGUCAAGCUCCAAGAUUUGCCGGCUUGGCUGGCUGCUUGCAACUCAUCUCCCCGCGGGAUGCUUAGAGCGACUUGCAGAGCCUGGAAUGGAUAUUACAACAAGUACAUCAAUGUGAAAAAGGGUGGAGUGGCUGGGAUCUCUAUGCUGCUGCUCGGCUACUGCGUCCUCAGCUAUGCCUGGAGCUAUGAACACAUUAAAAAGGAUCGGUGGCGUAAAUAUCACUGAUGAGAAUGAAAGAAGGUGUGACGGAAGGCCUAGUGCGUUCAAACUGACCGUACAAGUUGCGCGGGGUUUGUUCUGGCAGCAACAAGAGAUGUUGAGGAACGCUGCAGGGCAGUUUUCAUGCUAAGACGCACACCAUCAGUAUUUAUAUUUAGUAGCUACUGUGACACCCUUGGAUACAGUAGAAAAGUGAGGAAGUUGUCACUUGUGGCCUGUUGUGUUGGCCUGAGAAGAGACACUUGCUGAAACACUGCUGUAUGUAGUACCAAGAUGUUUCCAAAUGCCUUCUGAUGGCAAUUAAAGAAACCUUCUCUUCCGUUACGUUUGAAGUACAGGAAGACAAAUUUCACUUUGUGAAAGUUGCUGAUCGUA